UCUUAUCAUAUCAUCUUUAAUAAAGUCUGGAAUUAUUACAGAGUGUGCUGUCUUCUCUGUUAAUUGUAUAUUUGUAACAACUGGAUAAUUUGUAUUAACAAGCACCCACCCCCUAGUGCCCAUCUUUUGGUUUGGCCCACUGCCCCUCAAAAUGUCUGUGCACGGCCCUGCACAGAUGUAUGUGACAGACCGGCAGUCUAUACUUGAUGCUAAGAGAAAUGUUACCCAGGUCAGAAUUGACAUAUUAGUUUGUAAUGCAGGUGUAGGUCUGCUGGGUCCUCUGGAAGUCCACUCACUGGAAAUUAUACAUGCAAUCCUGGAUGUCAAUCUGCUGGGCACCCUCUGCACCAUACAGACUUUCCUACCAGACAUGAAGAGAAAGAGACAUGGACGCAUCCUUCUGACAUGCAGUACGGGAGGACUACAGAGUUAGUGAGGGAGAGAUGUCUACUGUGCUAGCAAAUGUGCAGUAGAGGGUGCUUGUGAGAGCCUGGCUAUACUACUUCAGCACUUCAGGAUCCAUGUGAGCCUGAUUGAAUGCAGUCCAGUCAUCACAGACUUCCUGAUGAACCUGAAGAGAACUGAUCCCAGCGUCGAGGCGCACACGCGCAGCCUGUAUGAUCAGUACCUGCAGCACUGUCAGGCUGUGUAGAAGAACGCAGCUCAGGACACAGAGGACAUCAUACAGCUGCUAACAUCAGCCUCUGAGUGAACGUCUGAUUCAGGAAGUCAAACCCUGACAGGGCGAUC